AGAGAGACACAGAGGAGAAGAGGGGAGAAUGCCGGCCCCCCUCAGGACGAGAAGGGGGGCUUGUAGGUCGGCUAUCCCGUCUCUCUCCACCAUCGCUGAGGAAGAGGAGGGACAGCGCAGUCGCAAGAGACGCAGGAAAGGAGGAGGCUCUGACUACCUUCUCAGAGCAGAUGAGAAGUCGUCAUCAUGGAGUCGCCCGGACUCAUCUGCCUCGGGACAGUACACCUACACCAUUCCCAGCCCUACAGAGACACACAUCAUUACCAGACCAGAGCCUCUCAUGCAGAAGAUCGAUGAAAGGCAGAGACUCGCACGUGAACGGAGGGAGGAGCUGGAGAAGCAGAAUGCUGUACGGGGGUCCAAGUGGUUGGAGAGAGAGGAGAGAGCCCGACAGUUUCAUGAGAGACAGCUGGAAGAGCGCAGGAAAAGGAUGGAGGAGCAGCGGGUGAAAGAGGAGAGGAGACGAGCUGCUGUGGAGGAGAAACGACGGCAGAAACUGGAGGAGGAAAAGGCCCGGUAUGAGGCUGUUAUCAGGAGGACCAUGGAGAGGGGUCAGAGAGCCAGGCCGAAGCCGAACCGCUGGAGCUGGGGUGGAACACUCUCCGCUAGCACGUCACACAACAGCGGUUUUGAUGAGUCUGCUCUCUUUUCAUUGGAUCUAGCUGGGCUGGAGCACUAUCAUGGUGUUUUCAGCUUCACGCGUCAGCAGCAGUUUCGCUCCAAAUAUGCUGACAGAAGGUCAGUCUCCACUAUGAAUCUGUCCAAACACACAGAUCCAGUAAUUUCCAAACGCCUGUCAUCUUCCUCAGCCACCUUGCUGAAUUCCCCAGAUAGAGCCUUACAGAAGCGGACAUCUCUCUCGUCAUCUUGCUUGAUUAAAAAAACGCUAUCUAAAUCCCAAAUAUCCAGAGAGAAGAUCCCUCAGGACAAACCAGCAGGUACGCGUCGCAUGCCUCUUACCACAUGGGAGAAUACAAUGAUCACUCGACUACAGACACCAACACACUCCUACCUGGCCAGGAGUCGCAGCGCCAUGUCUUUGUCUGGAGAAGCAGUGACCCCCGUUUGUCCUCGCUCAGCCUCCUGUCACCCAAUGAGCUCCAUGUCCUUCAAGUCCAUCCAGUCACGCAGCGCCGAGCGACCAAUCAAAGCAGGCCUUAAUUUUGAGAGACCAAUCAGAGCAGGGUUCAUCCCUUCGGACGGCAGCUCUCGCAGAAAGACCACCCAGAAUACCCUGAUUGACAGGAAGGAUAAGGACAAUGUGAGGAAGUCAUGGAGUAACCUGUCAUAUCCCACUCCCAGUCUGAGCCUGUUUACACCCAAGAGAUCUCCCUCUCCUGUCAGUCAUCGCAGUAGGGUCACCAAUCCAUCCCCCAACAGGGGCUCCACUGCUAAACCCUCUCAGAAGAUGUUUAACCCCAAAAAGUCCAGGUCUCCUCCUCCCCCAGCAUCAAUUCCACUGUCUCCUAGUAACCCCUCCUUAUUGCCUGGCAAUCUCAGGCCCAACAGAGUGACAUCUGAGAGCCCGAGAGUUACCCCAGAACGAGAGGGGGGCAAAAAGGAGGACGUCGAACCUCCUAAAAUUGAACCAGAGGCUCCUGCAACUAAACCAGAGCCUUCUGCUGAAGGUUCUGGAAGUUCUCCAACAGCACGGCCCUCUGCAGGCACAACAGAUCCCGAGGAGGCAUCUCGUCUGCUGGCUGAGAAACGACGGCAGGCCAGAGAACAGAGAGAAAGAGAAGAGGAGGAGAAGAGACAGCAGGAAGAGGCUGAAAGGCGCAGCAGGGAGGAGAUGGCCCGGAGGAAGGCAGAGGAGCGGGCCAAGAGAGAGGAGGAGGCGCAGCGGCAGGCAGAAGAGAAGAAGAGACGAGAGGAGGAGGAGGAGAAGCGAUUAGAGGAGGAGAGGACACAGAGGGAGAGAGAGGAAGCUGAACGCCUGCAGAGACAGAAAGAAGAAGAAGAGGCUCGCCAGAGAGAAGAGGCAGAGCGUUUACGUCUGGAGAGAGAGAAACACUUCCAGAAAGAGGAGGCUGAGAGAAUGGAGAGGAAGAAGCGCCUUGAGGAAAUUAUGAAACGCACACGCCGAUCUGAUCAGAAAGCCACCCCACAGAGAAAUGGCGAUGUCAGCCAGCAGAGCGUACAGGAUUCAGUGAUUUCAAUAUCCAGCAGUCCCUCAGUGAGUGUGUCGACUCCUGAGACCGGACGCAGUGACAGUAACGGACACUCGGACCCCAGCUUCAUCACACCCAUACUGCCCACAUCAGGUCACAGUGUGACUGCCGAACUCAGAGAAAACGGCGCUGUCACAGAAGCCUUCGAGGAGGUCAUAGAGCUUCCCAUGGCGAACAAACUGUCCCGUCAAGAUGGAGAUGGAGAGGAAGUGGAAAAUGAGGAAGAGGAGGAGAAGAGGAAGGUUCCCAUAUUGGCUUUUAGAGAGAAUGGCAGCAUGCAUAACGUGAGUGGACUGGAGGAGAACCCGGCACAGUAAACUCUUCUCUCAGAUAUAUGAACAUUUUAUGAUUGUGGAAGUGCAACCUGCAACACAGGAAAUAGAGUCAGAGGGAGACCCCUCACUGUACUUCCCUUCAUCUGACACUUAGAUACCUAAAA